GUGCACAUGGCAUAAGUUUGUUAGGAUUAUUUUGGUGUGAAUGGAAAUGAAAGAGGAAUGAGUUUAGGGAAACCUCUACUUCAUCUAAUCCUCAUUUUUCGAAUUCUCUAAAAUGCUCUUUGUCCAUCCGACUACCUGCAACCCGCUGGAGGCCGAUAUGGCUCUUUCGGGUAGGCCGCCAGACCACUCUUCUACGUUUCUUUUUCCCUCGUCACCAAUCGCGCAAUGCACACCACUCUCGCCACCUUUGAGCUACAAAUCGGCGCUUGCGGGGACCCCGGUUUCAUAUCCGGCCAAGGCCCAGCAGUGGACCUUCAUCGGCGAGCAUGACUUGGAAGUCGGGCUCUAUAAUGGCGAGCCUUAGUUAAAGAUCUCGACCCAGCUCAAAGAACGACUCUGCUUACCCUGGAAGCGCACGUUGGUUGUGCGGCUUCUGGGGAAAUUCGUUUCUUACCAAUACCUUUGUUCGCAGCUCCGUUGGAGAUGGAAACCUUCUGGGAGUAUGGAGAUCCUUGACCUGAACAACUCGACAUUCCUGGUUAACUUCAGCAAUGAGAAGGACUAUCUUAACGCCCUCAGCGGCGGGCCAUGGGUGAUCCUUGAUCAUUAUUUGAUCGUCCAUCAAUGGUCACACACUUUUCGAACGUUGGAUAAACCUUGUUGGGAAUGAAUAGCUUUGAAAGCUAUAUUGAAUUAAUUAACCAUUAUUCUUUCUAGAUACGAAUAUAAUAUGGAUAAUUAAUAAAAGGAAUAUUAUGGAGAUAAUUAGGAUUAAUUAUCUUAAUAUAAUAUAUUUUAAUUAUGGGAGUAAUUAUCUUCCUAAUUAAAAUGUGACUUAUUCCCAAAGAAAGAGUGAAUAUUCUG